GGGAGACGAUGUGAGACGGGCACAAGAACAUCACCUCACAGGCUCUCCCACCAGGGGAGCAUGCAACAGGCAUUUUCGGCCACCCCUGCGACGGCAGCAGAGGGACAAAACAAUCCAAAAGCAAAAGCAAAAGCGAAACCAAAACCAAAGGUCGAAUGAAGCCAUCGCCGCAGCGAGAGAAGAGCUCAUCCAUCGGGGCAUAAGAGGUUGGAAGUGUGGAUAGUGGAAAUGGAAGUUGCGAGUGGAAGUGGAAGUGGACUGUGAGUGAAAGCGGAAGUGAAAGCGGAAGUGCAAGUGGAAUUAUAACAUGAAACACAGGGGGAAUAUGCCCCCAAAGGAGAUUUUCAUAGGCAGAAGAACCUUCGGGACAAGGACAAUCUCACCCAGCAGGCCUGGCAGCAACACUCGCGUGUGGAUGAGGAUUGUCAGACGCAGACCCAGACGGAGCAAACUCAACUCAACUCAACCCAAAACCAAGAACUAAAGAAGUCUAGGACCAUGAACCCAUCAUCGGCACGCAUACAAUUCAAGGCGCUGAAGGGAUUUCCGGGCAAUGCCGCCGAUAAGAUCGAAACUCGAGCGUUCCUCGACGCCGCCCUAGAGAUAGUGACAGUUAUAGAAAGCUUUGGCAAACUUUUUACGCCCGUGAUUAACGACAUGAAUGGAAAUAUAAAUAAAUUAAGCAAAGUCUACGGGGAGAAUGUGCUCAAGCAUCACUAUCUGGAGGAUAUGAUCAUCCUCAAUAUGCAGAGUGAGAACGUGGCCCCCAAUGCCCUGCUCUGGCUGAAGCGCGGCCUCCUGCUGAUCUGCAUCUUCUUCGAGAACAUCUACAACGACGCCCAGAAGCAGGAGGCACUCAAGCAGCAUCUGCAGAAUGCGUACGAGCGCACCCUGAAGCCCUACCACGGCUUUCUCGUGCAGAGUACCAUUAGGAUCAUAUACGCCUGGGUGCCCACACGCAGCCAGCUUCUCGGCCAGGGCGAGCAUCAGGAGGAGAACCUCGUUGUGAUGUCCGACUAUUUGCCCACCAUGCGGGCCCAGAUGAACAAGAUCGAUGCCCUGCUUAAGGCUCACAAUCUAGACGAAGUCCCCCGCUAGGUGCCUGCUUUCGGUGCCCCAUUUGGAUGGAUGGAUGGAUGCCUGAAUUCUUGCUUGCCGCUCAGACGCGCACUCACUCUUCACAGCAUAUCAGUCAAUAGUCAAUAGCGUAGUAGAUGCAUCUAGCUUGUAGCUAAAAGUAGCUUAUCUUUAUUUUAUUUUAUUUUAUUUUACUUAAUUUUAUUAGAGAGGGUCGUUGCUGCCAGCAACACAAUAAACCUCAGAGCUUUAGUCCA